UGGAAGCCGAAUUCCUUCAGAAGUUAUGAGGCCGAUGCCCCUUCUGACAACCAGAGCGACCAUUUAUUUAGGUACAUGGAAUGUUCGUACAAUGUGGGACACCGGGAGAGCCUUCCAAAUUGCUGCAGAAAUGAGGAGAUACAACCUAGAGGUGCUUGGGAUCAGUGAAACACAUUGGACGAAAGUUGGACAACAACGACUAACUUCAGGAGAGCUUCUGUUAUACUCUGGCCAUGAAGAAGAAGAAGAAAAUGCCCCACAUACACAAGGAGUUGCAUUGAUGCUGUCCAAACGAGCACAAAAUGCACUUAUAGGAUUGGAAUCUCAUGGACGCAGGAUCAUCAAAGCCUCCUUCAAAACAAAGAAAGAGGGCAUUUCAAUGAGCGUCAUCCAAUGCUAUGCGCCUACCAACGACUACAAUGAAGAAGCUAAAGAUCAAUUCUACGAUAGGCUGCAGUCAAUCGUCGAGAAGUGCCCAACAAAGGACCUGACCAUUCUGAUGGGAGAUUUCAAUGACAAGGUUGGAACAGACAAUACUGGAUAUGAAGACAUCAUGGGACGACACGGACUGGGAGAAAGAAACGAAAAUGGUGAGAGAUUUGCAAAUCUAUGUGCCUUCAAUAAGCUGGUCAUAGGCGGCACCAUAUUCCCAUAUAAACGCAUACACAAAACCACAUGGACUCCACCAGAUCACACUACACAGAACCAAAUCGACCAUAUCUGCAUUAUCAAAAAGUUCGGGAGGACGAUGGAGGAUGUGAGAACCAAGAGAGGAGCUGAUAUAGCAUCAGAUCAUCACUUGCUGAUCACCAAGAUGAAAUUGAAACUCAAGAAGCACUGAACAAUGGGGCGGACAACAUCACAAAUGUUUAAUACGGCCUUUCUUCAGGAUACUGACAAACUCAACGAAUUCAAGAUAGUCCUCAGCAGUAAGUUCCAGGCCUUUCAUGAUCUACUCAAUGGAGAAAAAACUACUAUGGAGAGCAGCUGUAAGGGGAUCAAAGAGGCAAUCACUUCAACAUGUCAUGGGUUCCUGGGUCACAAGAAGCACCACCACAAGGAAUGGGUCACUGUUGACACACUGGAUAAGAUUCAAGAAAGGAGGAACAAGAAGGCAGCAAUCAAUACCAGCCGAACAAGAGCAGAAAAAGCCAAGGUACAAGCUGAAUACAUAGAAGUAAACAAAAAAGUGAAGAGGAGCAUCAGAACUGACAAACGUAAAUAUGUGGAAGAGUUAGCAACGACGGCGGAAAAGGCUGCAAGAGAAGGAAACAUGAGACAACUGUAUGACACGACAAAGAAACUCUCUGGAAAUCGCCGCAAAGAAGAACGACCAGUGAAAAGGAAGGAAGGCGAGGUAAUCACCAACAUUGAAGAGCGACAAAACAGGUGGGUAGAACACUUCAAAGAACUCUUGAAUCGACUAGCCCCACCGAACCCACCCAACAUCGAAGCAGCACCCACGGACCUCUCAAUCAAUGUUGGCCCACCAACAAUUGAAGAAAUCAGCAUGGUCAUCAGGCAAAUCAAUAGUGGCAAAGCAGCAGGAUCAGACAACAUUCCAGCAGAGGCACUAAAAGCAGACGUAGCGGCAACUUCAAGGAUACCCCACAUUCUCUUCAAUAAGAUUUGGGAUGAGGAACAAGUACCAAAAGACUGGAAAGAAGGACUCCUGAUCAAAAUACCAAAGAAAGGCGAUCUCAGCAACUGUGAUAAUUACAGGGGCAUCACUGUUCUCUCAAUACCGGGAAAAGUCUUCGACAGGGUAUUGUUAAACAGGAUGAAGGACUACGUAGACGCCCAACUUCGUGACCAACAGGCAGGAUUCCGUAAGGAUAGAUCGUGUACAGACCAAAUCGCAACUCUAUGGAUCAUUGUGGAACAAUCAGUUGAAUGGAAUUCAUCACUCUACCUCAACUUCAUUGACUACGAAAAAGCAUUUGAUAACGUGGACAGAACAACACUAUGGAAGCUUCUUCGACACUACGGCGUGCCUCAGAAGAUAGUCAAUAUCAUACAGAAUUCCUAUGAUGGAUUACACUGCAAAAUCGUGCAUGGAGGAUAGUUGACAGACUUGUUGGAAGUAAAGACCGGUUUCAGGCAAGGUUGCUUACUCUCACCCUUUCUCUUUCCCUUAGUGAUCGACUGGAUUAUGAAAACGCCAACAUCUGGGGGAAGCAUGGGAUACAGUGAACAUCUAGGAUGCAGUUGGACGAUCUAGACUUCGCAGAUGAUCUGACUGUUCUAUCGCAAACGCAACAACAAAUGCAGGAGAAGACGAUCAGUGUAGUAGCAGCCUCAGCAGCAGUAGGUCUCAAUAUACACAAAGAGAAAAGCAAGAUUCUCCGAUACAACACAGCAUGCACCAAUCCAAUCACAAUUGAUGGAGAAGAUUUGGAAGAUGUAAAAACCUUUACAUAUCUGGGCAGCAUCAUUGAUGAACAGGGUGGAUCUGAUGCAGAUGUGAAGGCGCGGAUUGACAAAGCAAGAGCAGCAUAUUUACAACUGAAGAACAUCUGGAACUCAAAGCAACUGCCAACCAACACCAAGGUCAGGAUUUUCAAUACAAAUGUUAAGACAGUUCUACUGUAUGGGGCAGAAACCUGGAGAACUACGAAAGCCAUCAUCCAGAAAAUACAGGUGUUUAUUAACAGUUGUCUACGCAAAAUACUUCAGAUCCGUUGGCCGGACACUAUUAGCAACAACGUACUGUGGGAUAGAACAAACCAGAUCCCAGUGGAGUAAGAAAUCAGGAAGAAGCGCUGGAAGUGGAUAGGACACACAUUGAGGAAAGAACCCAAUUGCGUCUUAAGACAAGCUCUCACAUGGAAUCCUCAAGGUCAAAGGAAAAGAGGAAGACCAAAGAACACAUUACGCCGAGAAAUGGAAAUAGGCAUGAGAAAAAUGAACAAGAAUUGGAUGGAAUUAGAAAAGAAGGCCCAGGACAGAGUGGGUUGGAGAAUGCUGGUCGGCGGCCUAUGCUCCAUUGGGAGUAACAGGCGUAAGUAAGUAAGUAAGUAAGUACUAUAUCAUAAAGUGACCACCUCCACUUCAUCUAAAUUCCAACUUUGGCAAGUAGUGGGCGGUGUGGGGGCUGUAAGACAGCAUUAAUAUAGUAUAUUCAAGGCACCGAGAUCACUAUUUCAAGAUAUUAACACAUAUUAAAGUAUCGUCACUUACCAAACACAUACUAUCGAACCGCAGUAACGAACACUAAUUACCAACUGAUGAAGUGCGAUUUAUGUAGCUUGUACAUCGUCCCAUAGUAAGAUAAUAUCACCCACCUACUCAAGAUCAUAGUCUCUCUACAGUUGACAGAUUCACACUAUCGUAACCAACGGUUGGACACUGAGUGACAUGGCUUAGAAUCGAUCACAAUGGCGUAUGUGUAUACAAUCUUUGUUUUCCCUUAAACCGUGAGAUUUAAAUUACUUGAUACCUUUCUUUCUACGAACUGAUUCUUUAUUCAUGUAUUAUAUCCUCAUACACAAUCUUUCUUCUCUAUAUUACUACCUUUGAAGUGACUACUUCUAUGAAUUUGGUGUUCAUCUGUUGUGUUAAUGAGGUGCGGCAACUUGGACCUAUGCAUAUAUGUACCUGGUCCUACGUUGUAGCUUACUGACAGUUCCACAUCACCAUGUCAUUUGGAUCUAUUCCCAGAAUAUCAGCGGCGAAGUUUAAGAGGAAUGGUUGCUUACACGUUUGACGCUGGUCCAAAUGCAUUUUUACUGACUGAAUCACAAAAUAUUUCCAUUGUUUUGAAAUAUCUUGUUGAAUGUUUUGGUUAUACGGUGGGAGCCGAUAGCUUUUUUAAUGAUGCGGAUAAAGUUACCAUCAAAUGUCUGAAUUCAAAUAAGUAUCUGAAAAUUACUGGGAUUCCCUAUGGUUUGUCAGAUAAACCAUUAGAUCAGAAUCUCUUGAAAAUAUUGCCCUCUAUUUCUGGUGGUAUUAGAUACUUGAUCAGUACUGAAGUAGGCAGUGGUCCACAGCUUAUAUCAUUCAUUCAUUGAAGAUACUCGAAUCAGAUGGAAAGUGGACAAAUAGAAACACGUGGUCAACUAUUUUUUUGUAAAAUCGUCGUACAUCAAUAGCUGUUGAAAGAUUUAUUUUAAAUCCAUUUUACUGUUUAUUGUUCAUGAUUGUUCAUACUGGCAUUUUGAUUAUUGAUCACAUAUAGCAUGUUCGAUUCCAUUUUUGAAAGCAACUGAAUAAGUUAGGCUGACAGAUUUUUUUAGACUAAGAAAACCAAGGAAUUUGUGUCAGAACGGUGAUCUAAAUGCAUCUGCGCAAGGACUAACAAUUUUUGUAAUAAAAUUAGUGUUAAGAAUAUGGCUUUAAACAUGAUCACUUACUACCUCCUACGAUGUUAACAACUUAUCUGAUUUAUCCUUUUUGGUGAAAAAACUUUGGUCUAAUUUAAGAAUCAAUAAUUUAUUCGUGAUAUCCCGAUUGAGUAGAAAUCUAGAUUUGUGAUGUCCUUGUGACUUUGUGUAAGCCACGUCUUGAGAGUCAAUACAUAAAUUAACACAGGUUUUAAAUAGUAUAAAGGAAACAGAGCAAAAUAUUUUUACUAUGACCAAAAUCAAAUUAGGCGAAAUGAUUCUAUGUGAGAAAUCACUGUGUGUAUAGCGGUGUGUAUCUAUUAAUUGUUUGAGUAAGUAACAAUUAAAUGUAGUUUGGAUAAACAGUCUAGGUGGUGUGGCAACUUGCACUGAUGUACGUACGAAGUUCUACGUUGUUGCUGGCUGACAAACAAUCUAAGUUGGAUCUAUAGCCACGCCUUGUACUAUAUUUGAGGCAAGAGGAAUUUACCAUUAUAUAAAACAUUUCAGCUACUUAUCUUUUUUAUAGCUGGAAAAGUCUUUUUGAACUAUUUUGAUAUCAAUUCACUGGUUAUUGAAAAUAUUAUGUGCCGUAGAUUUUUCAGCACUACAUGAUUAUUAAGCCUUUUCGUGCAGCUUAAGUAUUACUUGGGACGGGUCUAGAUUUCACAAGAGGACUUCAAUCUAUAAUGCCUCACAGUCGAAACAGCCUAAUACUCAGAUACAACUCUAUGUAGAUGUAAAUUGGAUCUUUUAUUUAAUUCGAACUAAAGCAUUUCGUAAAGUUCGUAGACAUAUAGAAAGCUAUAAUUAUGUACAUUUUUAGGGUGAGUUUUAACGAUUCUGUCGGACAGUGGAGCUGAGGUAAAACUAUAGUAUAGGUUAUUUGAAGACAAAUCCUUUCGUUUUGACAUGCUUUUAUUAGUGUUUAUAUAAAGUUAAUUAAAUCGUAAGAUAUCCGUUUUCGUUUUUUUUCCGUCAGCUUAUCUUCUGAGGUAACAAUAAUGGUAGCUCAUCUGAAUAGAUUCAGAGCUAGGGAAAUAUUCGCACUGAAGGGAUGUGCAGAGUUGAAACCGAUAUACCGUUUUGAAUGUGUCAGUUUUCGGCGUAUGGUUAGAUUUUGAUCAGAAUUUGUUGUAACUAGACAGUAAGAAUGGCAAAUGACCGCAUUCAUUUUCGUUUUCAAAAUUACACGUACAUUAUGUCACAAACAUUAUUGAACGUAAUGAUAAUAAUCUUGAUAAAUAACAAUUAUUCACAGACAAUUGAUAUAUUGGUGCAAUCUAACUGUUUUUCAGCAUAAAUAUCUAAAAUCGUAAUUUAAUCCCGCCUGACUUACUAUAAAUGGGAAGUUAUACAAGUAGACAAUCGGAGUAACAUUGGGAUGUUCUCCGUGUCCUCAUCUGUAAUCAGCCUGUCUAUCUUACGCUAAAAGUAAGAAAUUUUCGCCAAUGACAAUAAAUCACGAAUUUGUGUCGAAUAUGUAGAUGAUAUUUUGUUGACAUGAACUCUUUAUAAGUGCAAACAAGAUAAAUACAUCUGAAAACGAUAAACAAAAAUAAUGAAAGCAUGUAAUUAAUGUCUUACAAUUUAUUAAUUUUUCUAUGAAGAGUAAUAAAAAUGAAAUAAAACAAAAUAUGUUACUGCUAAAC